GGUGCAAAUCUGCAUGAAUUUCUCAGCUUCUCAGCUAUGAAUCAGUCCCUCAGAAAAUGAUGUGGCAGCCUUCAGUGAUGAAAAACAAGCCUCCUCACUGAGUCGUGAUGAAGUGAACACACACACACACACACAAGAGAGAGAGAGUGAGAGAGAGAGCUCCAGCAGCAGCACCGACCCGGCAGCACUCUCUCCCUGCCGCCCACACUCCCUGGACCGGACGCUCUGCAGGCGACUGGAUGGGGAUGCGUCAGUCUCCCGGUGCUGCUUGAGAUGAGGAUAAGACGACGACGGUGAAGUGGCUACGGUGCUCGUUUAGGAGUGAAUGUGUUCCUCCUCGGUGCGAACUGAGCAAAACGCAGCGGGUUAAAACCGCCCAACAGUCAGAGAGGAUCCGGGCUUCAGCCACACUGUCUGUCUGCUGUCAACUGUUGCUUAUUUUCUCUGUAAAUGAAUCUUGUAAGGUUUAUGAACAACCCUGUUCCUCCUAACAAGAGAUACCAGCCCACUGAAUAUGAGCACGCUGCCAACUGUGCCACGCAUGCGUUAUGGAUAAUCCCCAGCCUACUGGGCAGCUCAGUGUUGCACUUCCAGUCAGAGGACCAAUGGGAGCGGCUGUCAGCCUGGGUGUAUGGGGCAGGGCUCAGUUCGCUCUUCAUCAUCUCCACCCUUUUCCAUACUGUGGCCUGGAAGAAGAGCCACCUACGGUCUGUGGAGCACUGUUUCCACAUGUGUGACAGGAUGGUGAUCUAUUUCUUCAUUGCUGCCUCCUAUGCCCCUUGGCUGAACCUGAGGGAGCUUGGUCCCUGGGCGUGUCACAUGCGCUGGCUGGUCUGGGUCAUGGCGUCUUUUGGAACCACCUAUGUCUUCUUCUUCCAUGAGAGGUAUAAGAUCAUGGAGUUGAUCUGCUACACAGUGAUGGGAGUUUUUCCUGCCUUGGUCAUCCUCUCAAUGCCUGAGCAGGCUGGGUUGUGUGAGCUGCUGGUGGGCGGAGCCUGCUACUCCUUGGGAAUGGUCUUCUUCAAAAGCGACGGCAUCGUCCCGUUCGCUCAUGCUAUCUGGCACCUGUUCGUCGCCAUGGGAGCAGCCAUACAUUACUACGCCAUCUGGAAGUACCUCUACGCCCAGCCGCCCAAUCAGAUCAAGACCUCAAGAUGACAUCAACAUUGACAGCACAGGAAGAAACACCUGUGUUUGACUGGCUUCAAGGAGACAACGCGAACCAUGUUUGAAUUCAGAGGCUGCAUCAUGUCAAAGAGUGAAAGAGUGUAGUCAGUUCCUUCAUUUUGAUGCAGGAAGUGGUAUCUUAAACAGUUUUUUUUCAUCGAAUAUCCUUUAAUUUUUGCUAAAUGAAGUUGCCACUAGGUCAUAGUGUCAUGUCUUUCCCGUUAAGCAUUUGAUUUGAAUGGUACAAUGGGUGAAACAACAAGUAAUGGUGCAUUCAGGCGAUCCUCAGUAACUCUUAGCAAACCAGUAGAAACCAUUUUUAAAACUUAUAUAAUGUAGAAUAAAAGGAUGAGAAAUAAAAGAUGCGAAUAGCAAUGCAAUACGGCCCAAUCAAAGUGAGAAUUCAACUUAAAGACUUGGAGAUUACUUCACGUGUUGCAUAAAAACAGAAUCCUGCUUCUCAGGGUUUAGUUUGGACUCUGUCAGUUUGCAGAACUACCUCAGGUAUUGUGGAAUCUAAAAGUAGACAGAUAAAGAUGUCCAUCCAUCCAUCGACUUCCGCUUAUCUGGGGCCGGGUCGCGGCGGCAGCAGGCGAAGCAGGUCAUUCCAGAUGUGGCUCCCCCCAGCGACGCUUUCCAGCUCUUCCUGGGGGAUGCUGAGGCAUUCCCAGGCCAGACGAGAUAUAUAAUCCCUCCAGUGUGUUCUGGGUCAGCCCCAGGGCCUCCUCCCCAGUGGACGUGUUCGGAAAACCUCUAGAGGAAGUCUACCUGGAGGUAUUUGAAUCAGAUGGCCAAACCACCUCAACUGGCUUCUUUUGAUGCGAAGGAGCUGCAGCUCUACUCCGAGCUUCCUCCAGAUGCCUGAGCUCCUCACCCUAUCUCUAAGGCUGAGCCCAACCACCCUACGGAGGAAGCUCAUUUCAGCCGCUUGUAUUUGCCAUCUUGCUCUUUCGGUCACUAAUGGUCACUUAUGGUCAUGACCAUAGGCGAGGGCUGGAACAUAGAUGGACUGGUAAAUUGAGAGCUUCGCCUUACAGCUCAGCUCCCUCUUCACCACAACAGUCCGAUACAACGCCCGCAUUACUGCUGACGUUACACCAAUCUGCCUGUCCAUCUCACGCUCCAUUUUCCCAUCACUCAUGAACAAGAUCACGAGAUAUGUGAACUCCUUUGCUUGGGGAAACAACUCCCCCCCAACCCGGAGAGAGCAAUCCACCGGUUCCCGGCAGAGAAUGGGACUUGGAGGUGCUGAUCCGCAUCCCUGCUGCUUCACACUCGGCUGCAAACCGCUCCAGUGCCUGCUGAAGGUCAUGAUGUGAGGAAUCCAACAGAACCACAUCAUCUGCAAAAAGCAGAGAUGUAAUCCUGAGGUCCCCAAACCAGACACCCUCCUCACCCUGGCUGUGCCUUGAGAUCCCAUCAAUGAAGACCACAAACAGGAUUCGGAGACAAGGAACAGCCCUGGCGGAGUCCAACACCCACGGGAAACGAGUCUGACUUUGUGCUGAGUAUGCGGACACAGCUCUCACUUUGGUUGUGCAGGGACUAAAUGGCUCGUAUCAACAAGCCCAGUGACCCAUACUCCCGCAGUGCCUCCCACAGAGCCCCUCAGGGGACAUGGUCGUAGCCCUUCUCCAGAUUUACAAAACACAUGUAGACUGGGGUCAUGGGGUCAUGGGGUCAAACUCCCAUAACCCCCUCAGCAGCUCUGCAAGACUAAAGCGCUAGUCCACUGUUUCACGACUAGGACGGAAUCCGCAUUGCUCCUCCUGAAUCUGGAGGUUCGACAAUCGGUCGGAGCCUCCCUUCCAGCACCCUAGAGUAAACUUUCCUGGGGAGGCUGAGAAGUGUGAUACCCCUGUAGUUGGCGCACACUAUCCUUUUUGAAAAUAGGGAUCACCACCCUGGUCUACCACUCCCCAGGUACCAUACCCAAUGCCCACGCGACAUUGUAGAGACGUGUCAACCAAGACAGUCCAACAAUGUCCAGAGCCUUCAGCAUCUCAGGGCGGAUCUUGUCCUCACCUGGCGCCUUGCCACCAAGGAGCUUCUUAACUACCUUGGCGACCUCUGCGACGGAUAUGGACAAAGACUCCACCAAGUCUUCACGCUCUGCCUCCCCUACAAAGGACGUGUUUACCGGGUUCAGGAGUUCCUCAAAGUGCUCUUUCCACUGUCCGACAAUAGCCUCAGUAUGGGUCAACAGUUCUCUGCCCUAACUGUACACAGCCUGAGCAAAUCCCUGCCUCUCCUUCCUGAGGCACCAGAUGGUUUGCCAGAACCUCCUUGAGGCCAACCGAAAGUCCUUCUCCAUAGCCUCCCUGAACUCCUCCCACACCCAAGUUUUUGCUUCCGCGACUGCCGCAGCCGCCACCCUUUUGGUCAACCGAUACCCAUCGGCUGCUUCAGGAGACCCCUGAGCAAGCCAAACUCGAAAGGGCUCCUUCUUCAGCCUGACGGCUUCCCUCACCACCAGUGUCCACCAGCGAGUUCUUGAGUUGCCACCGCGACAGGCACCAGUGACCUUCAGGCCACAGCUCCUAAAAGCUGCUUCUGCAAUGGAGGCUUUGAACAUGGACCACUCAGACUCCAUGUCCCCAACCUCCUCUGGGAUGCAGGAGAAACUCUUCCGGAGGUGGGAGUUGAAAACCUCCCAGUUAAAGAUGUGACGAGUGGAAUGAUGUGAUCCACUCCAUUUGGCCAGCUUUGAAUUGUGUCUGCAGGUCUUCCCCACCAGUCUCCACCAGCAGGAGGGUGGUGAAACUCGGGGUAAAAACACAUUUGCAAAUCACUUCCUGCUGCUUGAAGGGCAGCAAUUGUGAACAUUUUAUCAAUCCAGAGCUUCUCUCAUCUUGAUUUUAGAUGUUGGACUGUAGGAGAACACAACCCAGUGGAAAAUGUUACUACUAAAAGUUUGCUCUUCUGUAACUUGGGCGGAAGUGGCUCAGGUAGUAGAGCGGGUCGUCCAGUGAUCAAAGGGUUGGUGGUUCAAUUCCUGCUCUCGCCUAGUCAUGUGCUGUUGUGUCCUUGGGCAAGACACUUUACCCGCCUUGCCUCCAGUGCUGCUCUCACACUGGUGUGUGAAUGUUGAUGGUGGUCGGAGGGGCCGUUGGCGCGGAUUGGCAGCCACACUUCCGUCAGUCUGCCCCAGGCAGCUGUGGCUACAAAUGUAGCUUACCACUACCAGAGUGAGAAUGUGUGAGUGAAUGAAUAAUGGGUCCAUUGUGAAGUGCUUUGAGUGGCCAAAAAAGUGCUAUAUAAAUCUAAUCCAUUAUUAAAAGUGUGAUUCUUAUUUUGGGCUUAUUCGAGGGAGUUAGAAGCAGAGUGGUCAAACCCACCAAAAAUCGAAACUGGGUUUUAUAUGAUUUCUCUAACAUUUUAUGGUCUAGAUUUUAGUGGCCAAGUGGUCUAACCCACAACCCAAAUAUAGUGUUACAGUGGUGCUUGGAAUGUUAAAUCAGUCUUGAAAACACAAAACUUUGAACCCAUUUUUUUUUCAAAAACUACAGGAAGUGGACCACUCUGCUUCCAAAUCUUUCAUUUUAGCGUUGAUUUUGUCUGAUAUGAUUCUUGUAUUUUGCUUCUAAACUUCAACAAGAAAUGUAGAUGAGAAAAGAGGAGAAAAAUUAGCUAUAGGAGCCAAACUUGAGACUUAAAGGAGAUAAUUUGACUAAUGGAUCCAUUUUUCUCAGUGGAACUACAUGUGGGCUACAUAUGAGCUUAAUUUUAUACAAAUUUAAUACAACUACUGUUUUUCCAUGAUCAAACAUUUUUUUAAAAAGACAAUUUUUCACAAAUUUUGCCAGAGUAUGGAAACUUAUGAGCACAGUUAUUAAUAAUACUUGUUAAUUGUCAAAUUAUUUCCUCUAAAUCUCAGGUUUGACUCUUGUUGGUAAUUGUUCUCUUACUUUUCUCACUUAUAUUUCCUGGUGAAUUUUAGGAGAAAAAUAUGAGGGACAUAUCAGACAAAAUCCAAACUAAAACAAAAAUUACAAUUUUGACUCCCAAGCUGUAGAGGAGCAAACUUUGAGCAGCAAGAUUUUAGUGUGUUAAUUCCCUACCUGAAGAAAUUAAAUCCACAUUCAAAAUUAACAGUACAUUAUGAGAUGCUAUGUCAGUAACUCAAAACAUACAAUAAAACAGUGAAACAGGCAAGAACAUCUCAUUUCUCACAACUCAUCACAGAGCAUAAAAACAACCCCCGGUUCCUCUUCUCCACUUUUAAUGUUUUAACAGGCACUAAUUUUAAUAAAGCUUUUAAGGCGCCAACAGAUGCUCUUUGUGAGAACUUUGCAGACCACUUCAGAACCAAGAUCAAGGACGUCAGAUCCAGCCUUUUAUCCCAACAAGUCUUACCUGGUAACACACCUGAUCUCCUGUCCUUGCCUGAGGAAACACUGGAGAGUUUUGCCCUGGUUGAUGCAAGGACACUUGGUCGAGUUUUCUCCCAAGUAAACCCAACAACCUGCCUUUUAGGUCCAAUUCCCACACCACUUUUAAAAUCAUUUUAUGGAUUCUUUGAGGAAUAGUUUUUAAACAUAAUGAACUGCUCUCUUCAGAUGGGUGUCUUCCCCGCUGCCUUUAAAACGGUGGUGGUGAAGCCCCUUCUGAAGAAGAGCAGUCUGGACCCCAAUGUUUUUAAUAACUACCGUCCUGUAUCCAACUUUUAAGUAAAAUUUUAGAAAAACUGGUUUUUAAUCAAGUCAAUGACUUUUUGAACAGAAUAAAAUUUGUGAAGUACAGCCUGUGUGCUUCUGUGAAUAUGUGUGUGUGUGUGUGUGUGGUCAGGUGCUGGACCAAAUGUCCCCACAACUGUAGGACAACCGAAAACAAUGUCACUUGUGGGGACCUCAUUUCGGUCCCCACAAGUUUAAACAGUGUUUUCUUGACCAUGUUGUUGUUACUGAAAAAAGUAAAAGUGCAAAAACGUUUUUUUAGGGUUAGGCAUUGUUUUGGUCUGGGUUAAGGUUAGGGUUAGGGUAAGGGUUAGGGGUUAGAUAUGAAUGGGAGUCAAUGGUAUGUCCCCACAAUGAUAGAAAAACAUUGUGUGUGUGUGUGUGUGUGUGUGUGUGUGUGUGUGUGUGUGUGUGUGUGUGUGUGUGUGUGUGUGUGUGUGUGUGUGUGUGUGCAUAUGUAUGGACAUAUAUGUACAUACCCAGGGUGGGAGGGAAAGAUUGUCUUGUUUUUAUUUCAAUAUUUUUCAAUGUUUUAAUGUUGUGAAGCACUUUGUGGUGCAAUUUCAUCGGAUGAAAAGUGCUAUACAAAUAUUGAUUGAUUGAUUGAUUGAUUGAUUUGCUUCAUCCAACCUGAAUCCAUCAUAUAUGUGUUUUGACACAUCAUGAGUUGAUGAGGACAUUUGAAUGCACCAUUAAGCAGGUGUACAGGUAUGAAGGAAUCUUUUUCAUUGACCCGAUGAUGUUAUGAAUGUGAACUUCAUGGUGGCCCCUGAACUGGUUCACGGCUUGUUCUUUCACCUCAGUUCAUUUCAAUUUCCCGUUACAGUGUUUUUGCAGGAAUUUGGGUUCGUUCCAACAAUUGAGGGUUAAUUCUUGGAGAUGUCUCCUUCCGUGGUGCACGUCCAGAUUCAGUGUUCAGGCGCUGAAUUAAGGGCAUUGUCUUAUCGCCAACAACAAGUCAAUGUUUUACAAUUCGCCGACUUGACUAUUAUGAUUAAUUUUAGCUUGUAAUAUCGUUAAGAGACAGUGUUUGAAUUAUAUUUAGCAGGUCGCGACAUCAGUAACUAACUAUUCCAAUUCAGAGCUCUAGAUAGUAAUAUUACUGCUACUAUUAUUAGUUGUGCUAUGAACACUGUAUGGUUUAAACACAGGUUGCUUCAGUUAGUGUGAAAACAAAGCAUAACUACUGAAAGAUUUUCUUCACGUUGAACAUACAGAUAUUUGUGGUUUUAGUCACUGGAGACUUUAUCUGCUCUGCACAGUAGAUUAUCAAGCAUAGUUACUGAAUUCUAAUAGUUUACUGUUGUGGAUUAGGCUUAGUGAGUGAAGACGUCAUCAUUAUGCACUAUUUAUCAGAAACGUACAGUAUGUGUUGAGCUCAUAUUUUUUUCUGAUGUUCUCGUAGUGUUAAUUGAUUAUUUUCAUUCUAAAUGAACCUCAGAGGGGAAAACCACCAUCAGAUUCAGCACUGCCACACUGACCUACUGCCGACAGCACACUAACUACCGCUUAUGUCACACUUGAAAGGAAUCUGGAGCUAUAGUAUUGUUGAACAAUCUGGCCCAAUAUGAAGGCAUCUCAGGUGUGUGUGUGUGUGUGUGUGUGUCUGUGUGUGUGUGUGUGCGCGUGUGUGUGAAUGCUUAUGUGUUCUUAACUACGCCAUGAAUCCAAAGCCUCUGAUUGGCUGAGUCUAUGUUUACACGCAUGUACCUUGAACACGUAAAAAAUAUAUAUAUAUUUGAAAUAUGUAUGAUAUGUAUGUAUUCUUAAUGUUAAACUGUUGGAAAAGCUUGUGUAGUACGAUGAAUGUGGCUAGAGAAUCAAAAGGUCAACCAUCGGGUGUUCAGAUGUGUUAAAAAACAAAAAAAUUCUUUUCAAUCUCCUGUCCAUCAUAUUUUCACUUCUGUGUGUUUCUCAGGACUUGGAUCAUUUCUGCUUGAACAUCUGUGAAACCACAUUCAAGGUCCGCUAAAGCUGCAGUCUGAGAGGUGCCAGCAUUAAAGAAAGCAGAUUUCCAAGUAGGGCAGCGAUCGCAGAAAGUUGUCUGCAAGCUUUAUGGGUAAUAUUUAUAAAAAUAACAGGAAAGAAGCUCAGUUAGAAACAGACACAGAAUCCUGACAGAAACUAGAACAGCAGAAGUGUUUGUGAAUUAAAAUAGACAGUGGAAAGCUCUAAAUUUUCAGACUUUGGGUUUGCAUCAGAACACACUGUGACGAACACUCACGAGAUGCAUUUGCAAGACGUUUUUGUUAGUGUAAAUGCAGUAGUUCAUGAGAAAAUGUACACGUGAAGAGACAAAAAAUUGAUUAAUUUGGACUCAUACCACUCACCAUGUCUUCCUCAGUUCAUUUGACACCUUUUAAAACAGAAUCAGGUUAAAAAAUGGACUGAAAACAAGUAAGGGGUUUAGAAGCAGAGUGAUCCCACCCACAAAACAUCUGGGUUUUAUAUAAUUUCUGUAAUAAUUUUUGGUCUAGAUUUUAGUUGCCAAGUGGUGUAACCCACAACCAGUGGCGUUAUAGUGUUACAGUGGCACUUGGAAUGUUAGACCAUUCCGGAAAACACAAAACUUUGAACCCAUUUUUCUCAAAAACUACAGAAAGUGGGCUAGACCUCUCUGCUUCCAAGUCCUUCAUUUUAGCGUUGAUUUUGUCUGAUAUGAUUCUUUUAUUUUGUUUCUAAAAUUCAACAAGAAAUUUUGAAAUGUAUGAAAUGAUACAUAUGUGUGUGUGUGUGUGUGUGUGUUUGUCUAUAUAUAUAUAUAUAUAUAUAUAUAGGCAAACACACACACACACACACACACACACACACACACACACACACACACACACACACACAUAUAUAUUAAAAUAGAAUAAUAGUACUGUACAAAUCUGCACAUUUUAAUGAAAUUGCACCUCUUUGUGUGUGUGAAAUGUGUACGAUAUUACCUCACUACACCAAAUAUUAAUUCCUUUAUAGCUAAAAAAAAAUAUUACAUUUACAACCGGUAUGUGAAUGCAGCAUUACACUGUGCGUAAAAUCACCAAAUCUCCAUUGAAUAUAUUAGUUGUUUUUAGAAAUAUUUGACCAAUAAAUGCACCACGGUGAUAAAAUAACCAUGAUUUAACCAUUUUCAGUCAUCAGAGUUUGCGGUCACAGUUGACUGGGAAUCUGUCAGACAGUUUGAAACUCUUCAGAUAUAUUCUAUAAUACAAGAUGACUUUUUAGUAUUUCUACUCUCAGUGUUUACUUAAGCCUCUGGGAUGCACCGAACAGUGUUUUGACUUGUUCUACAGACAGGUUUGGCCUUGCUGAGGUGAAUUGAGGGUAUGACUGUGUGUCUGUCAUGUCUUGGUUAUGAUAUCUGUGUCAUUCCGAUUUACAGUGCCCACCCAACUUUGUAUUAUAGACCUCUGUGGUUAAACGCUCCAUGAAGCCUUUGUGGAGCCCGUGUAUGUUGUUUCUAGAUGCUCUGUGAUUGUGGAGCUGCUGCUGGUGUUUUUUUUUCUGAAUAUCUGCUGAUUAUAUUCUCUUUCAUUAUUUGUGUCUCUUUCCCCAGUUUUCAUUUGUCUUAUUGUGUCCAUGGUGCUUUUUGUGCUGUGAUAAGCCAAGAUGAUGCCAACAAUGCUUUUAUCUUUUCUAUUUCUCUUGUAAUAAAAAAGCUUUUUUCAUACAGUA